UUUCAAAUUAUCUCUUUACCAAAUAGAUAUUUUUCGCCCUUUUCCCCUUCCGGAUAUUAAUUUACAAUCCAAACAUCAGAUAAGCUAAGCGAAGCUUAACAUCCAACGCUAGAUCUAGAAUUCAGAUUCUUCGAACUCAAGGUAGGGAGAAAUGGCGGUCUCUAUCUCCGCAUCAGCAACUGUUCCUUCGCUGAGUCGACGAAGCUCAACUCAGUUAUCCCCUUAUUAUUGUUCGUCCAAGCUAUCUUUCUCAUCUUCUCUUCGAUUUCAACCCAUUCGAAUCGUUAAUAGAUCCGUUUCCUCUCGCUAUCGUCCUCUGCAAGUUGAAGCAAAGAAGCAAACAUUUAACUCCUUUGAUGAUUUGUUGGCAAAUUCCGACAAGCCUGUACUGGUUGACUUUUAUGCAACCUGGUGUGGACCUUGUCAAUUCAUGGUUCCGGUCCUCAACGAAGUGAGUGCUACUCUGAAAGAUAAGAUUCAGGUUGUGAAAAUCGACACCGAGAAGUACCCAAGCAUUGCUGAUAAAUACAAUAUACAAGGAUUACCCACUUUCAUCAUAUUUAAAGAUGGGAAGCCCCUUGAUCGUUUUGAGGGUGCCUUGGGUGCUGAUCAGCUCAUUCAACGCAUUGAAACUUCAUUGAGUGUCAAGCAAUAGCCCUGGUGAGCUGUGGAUAUCUUACUGUAAGAGAUUUCUUCCCCUUCAGUCGGGUAUUUGAAGACUGAGAGACCCCCAUUUACUUCUGCUGCCCCAUGAUCUAAUAUUUAUUUCUGCUGCUCAGGGUUUCAAUGUGAAUAAAAUACUAGAUUGGGGUACUGAAACUGGCGAUGAACUCACAAUGUGAUCUACAUACCUUGUCCUUCCUUUUAUUUAAUUUUUUUUAAAGACAAAUGGCUGUGUAUGUGCAAUUGACUUUUGCCCCUGUUCAUGGGUUCUGAUAACAUAAGAGAACACAUUGCAUGCUUCGAGUA